CGAGAAGAUGCCCGCCAGCCUGUGCUCUCGAUGCGAGAAAUUCGACAUCCAGGCGUUUCGGAAGGAGCCCCACGUCCCGCGAGGCUUCCCACUGGCAGACGUUAUACGCAGCGCGCAGGAAGGCUGCACCUUCUGCACCCUCCUGCUGGAGAGCGUGCUGGCCAUCGACCCGCUUCCGGUUCGGUCUCGGCUCUACGAGUCGUCAUCUCAGCGUGGCCAGUCAAGGUUGAAACAGCUCCCCUGGCUGAAUCGCUGGUGGCUGAGGUGGAUUUGGCCCCCUUGGAUAUUCCUGCGAGCCAAACAGCGCCUUCGCCAUGUUGCAGAGCUGCACGGACAGCCCGGCCUGGACAUCUGCGAGUUCCAAGCCUACAUUCAUACGGUCAGGUGGCGCAGCGUCAUUGACACGUCUGAACCAAAAAUGGCUACCAUGAUAGUGGCCGCCGACCCGGGCACGCCUGCGUACUUGUCGGGGGACAUAUCGGGCGGUUUCAAGCCCGAAAGCCAUUCCUGGACCUCACAUCACACAGAGGCGCUGAGGGAAUGGCAUAAUUCAUGUUCUCAGCAGCGCCAUGGGUGCGGACGCGAGAGCGAGCCUCACGGCCACCUUAUCGGCGACGGGCCCGGCCGGCUCCCGACUAGGUGUGUCGAGAUCCUGCCGGGCGAGGACGAAACGCGGCCGAAGCUGGUGCUGCGCGAGACGGAGGGGCUUGACGGCGUAUAUGUUACGCUCAGCCACCGGUGGCGGUACGAGACGCACAGGUUCAGGACCUUGACGGGCAACUAUCAGUCGCAAAUGCUGGACUGCGGCGGGUCCAAGCUCUUCCACGACGCCGCCUACGUAGCGUCAACGCAAGGGAUACGAUACAUCUGGAUCGACUCUCUCUGCAUCAUCCAGGACAGCGCUACAGACUGGGAGCGCGAAUCGCAAAAGAUGGGCGACUACUACCGGAGGGCGUGGUUGACCAUUGCGGCAACGGGGUGGUCAAGGUCAAUGCCUGGCGGGCAGUCCGAAGAAGAGCCCGAGAGACUUUCCGAGGGGCUUUUCGGGCAGCAGCCAGAGGCAGAGGCUCAAAAGCCUCCCCUGUUGGCCCGACUCCCCUACCGGGACCGCAACGGGGACAAAAUGGGCAGCUUCUAUCUGCAACGCGUCAACGCGCAGGAGCUGGAAAGUGACUACGCCGACGACGUUGUCCAGAGCCCACUCAUGCGGCGCGGCUGGGUCUACCAGGAGUGGUGGCUUAGCCGGCGGGUGCUCACCUUUACCAAAGGCGGCGUUUUCGCCCAGUGUCACGCCACAAGUCCGACUUCCCUUGUUAGCAACCGUGCUCAGCUGCUCGGCAGCCACAGCUGCGAUGUGGGCAAGGGUAUUCAGAUGAGGAAUCCCAUGCGCGGGGUGAUAAACUCUUCGUUGGGCGAUUUUCACCAGCUCAUAGAGGCUUGGAUGGACAUUGUGGAGGCGUACUCGGGCCUGGAACUCACUUAUAUGGCAAAGGACCGCUUGGUGGCACUAGAAGGGAUAGCUGGACUGCACAGGGACGUAAUGGGGGAACUAUUGGGGAGGAUUGAAGGCAACUGGGAGACACAGGUGCCUGCCUACGGCAAUGGCUACAUGUGUGGGCUCUGGAACCGCUGGCCGCAAGGCCUGUUAUGGGAACAGAUGCCAUCCCCUCAGGCUCGAGUGGCCAGGGUGGAAGGCUUCCCCACGUGGUCGUGGGCGUCCAUGCAGGAGUUCCCGGGAGGCGCAGACGGAGACGAUGGGACCCAUGGUACGGGCAAAGGUCUGGCGGUCCAGUGGUCGCGGCCCAAAAGACGGCAUCCCCAAAACUGCAUUACUCCCACCUCGCUAACGGCCGUUGGGGUCAGGUCGCCCGUGGAGUCUGACGAUGCGUGGAGGCCUCUGAUGGACGCCACAGCCCCGCCUCCGGGGGGUGCUGAUGCGGAUCAAAUCAGCCACGGCCGGUUCCUCGUCGUCGGUAUGCUCGGGCGCUUGGUUCGCGUGCGCAUCCACGACUUUUUCACGGACGAGGAAGACCUCACCGCCACGGCAGCCCUCACGGAAUGCACCACAGACCCUUCCCACCGCCGACUGUGGCGGCGCGUGACGACUACCGAUGAGCCCGACAGUGUCGUUGGGUGGGCGUCUCUCGAGCACCCGGACUAUCAGCAGCACCAGACCGAACAGACAACAGCUGGGUCGGCUGGCCAGACCCCCACCACUUUAUUUGCUCUGGUGAUCCAAUCUCUACCCAAGGUUAUUGGCGGCUAUGGCUUUGGCAAUCACUCGGGCUACCAGACCACCUACUGUGUUCUAUAUCUGGCACAGAAAACUGUAUGGUGUUGCGAGCCGGAGGAGGGGUUUGAAAGGGUCGGGACAGGGAGGCUGUUUGGAAACCAUGUCAAGGCCAUUUACGAGAAGACCAAGGAGAGAAAUGUGUGUUUAGUAUAGGCCGAGGUUAACCUAGAGGCUACGCCACCUCGAUGACCUCGGGGGUCAUCUCCUUGGCCUCCCCAAAUGCCAGCCCGGUCACCCAGCACGCUUCGACAAACACGUAUUGGCCAUU